CAUACAAACUGAUAAGGAUUAUCCUAAAACCGAGGUUUACUGUGACAUGACGUCUGAUGGCGGUGGAUGGACUUUGGUAGCAAGUGUGCACGAAUCAAAUAUUUUCGUGAAAUGCGGAUCAGAUGAUAUGUGGUCAAGAUACGAUCCGAUAGAGGAAGUGACAUAUCCAGACAAGACUAACUGGGAAAGUCAUAACAUUUUUGGAAAUCUUUUCAAAUGUACCUCAGAUGACUACAAAAAUGAUGCAUAUCAUAAUAUGCAGGUAUUUUCAUUAAUUUCUUAUCAUAUUAUACAAAUACUUGUUAUAUUGCUAUGAAUGACAACAUACAUUUGCCCGUGAUACCUAUUAAAAAUAUACUUCAUUGUUUCAGGUUGAAAACAUCAUGAUUUGGCACGUUCCUUCUGAAUUAUCGUUGUCUGCAAUGAAGCAAGAAGCCUAUCUUCGUUAUAGAACAACCAAUAAGUUUAUGAAAAAUUACGGUGGAAACUUGAAGAAUCUAUAUGGAAAGCAUUUCCCAUUGAAGUCCAAGAAAUUAGACAGUCCAGCUGAAGAUGUUCUUGAGGCUUUGGCAACAAAGGCGGGAAAUAUUAGAAGACAAAUACCUGAUUGGUACGAUUACACAUAUGGAGACAAUCCUACUCAAAUAAACGAUGAAAAAAUGUACUCGUCAUAUGGAAAUGAGGUAAGCGCCACUGGAUGUGGAACUAUAACUUACGGGCGGAUAGAAAAAAGAUCCGAGGGGUAUUUUUGUGGAUCCAGGAUGACAAAGCCUUUCUUGUUCGUACAAGUUAUUUCAAACGAAAUGCGGACAUAUAGCAACAUUCAUACUCAGGUGCAAUCUUACCGUCCAAACAGUAAUGAAGCAUUCACAUCUCUCAGCAACAACAUUACCAACGGAGAUUACAAACUUCAAUAUCAUUCUUUGCAAUUUUCUUCGCCCGGUAUUCCAACAGCAUGCGAAUUUCACUUCGUUGUAUCAAAUAUUAAUUGGGGAUCCGUCGAGCCAUCAAAAUUUGAACGAACAUAUCAACACAAUCCAUCAACUUAUAGAAAAAACAAAUAUGAAAUAGACGGAUACCCUUCAAAUGUCGUUAUGGGAUACAUUCUUUUAGCAAGGGAUAAUGGGCAAAACAUAUCUACAGAGCACACUGAUCAAGUUGCUAAUAUUAUCCUGGAAUCUAUAAUGACAGUUCCAAAACUAUUUAACGGCGACAGGGCAUCAAAGAUUGUUAAUUCCCUCUACGCAAGAGCACCUCAAAUGAGAGUGGCAAUCCCGGAUUAUUAUUAUUAUUAUUAUAGAGGCAGCCACAUUAAAAUAUACGACACUAACAUGAACUCCGAUUUUGAAAAUGAAGUAAACGUUGGAAGCUCACUUGAACAUAAUUGGUUGCAAUAUGGGGAAACUAGACGGUAA